GAUACAGGAAGAAGCAUGUGUCUGCGAGUUCUCGGAACAGAGUAGAAGAGACAAACCCAAGAGAACCUGCGCAACAGUUUAUUUUAUCACAUUCAAGUUUACCCUCUGCACUCGCACCAAGCAAGAAAGAGACAGAGAGGACGGUAUGUUUUACUGGUGAGCUGGAAAGAAAGAGGUUUUUAUUUUUAGUUUGAAACGGGCUACUUCCUGUGUUGAGUUUUGUCAACCAGGUCGAGAAGAAUUUACGAUGUAGGCAGCAGCUGGACAUCGCUCUAGACGGCCUUGAAAUCUGCAACCUUCGGAGCCCGUCAGUGAUUGGAACAUCAGGAAUGGGCUGCAUUAGUGUGACGGCACGCUGCGCUGGAGCUGACAAUGAACAAGAAGAGGAUCUGGUACAAAUACCAAGCACCUGCAGAAGGCAAUCUAUACCUCCAGUGUGCGGGAAGGAAGUUGCCUGCCCCCAGGAGCUAGAUACUCUAAUAAAUAUUGAAGAGGAACGAUUCAACGUAAAUGAGAGUUCGAUGGAAGAUAAAUUUGAAUCAGCAUCUCACGAUCUUCACCGGCGAAGGUCAUGCAGAGAACUGGGGAGGACGCUGUAUAGCGAGCCAGUGAGUGGCUGGGAAGGAGAGAAACUCGAGGCUCUUGGUGAAAUCGUGUGGGCUUCUCAAGUCAUUCUUUAUGACCGACACACUCAGGAAGACGGCAAGAGGUAUCUCUUUCUCUUUCAAUCCCACCUACUUUUACUGGCAAUGGAAGACGAGGGAAGCAAGUUUAUUUACCAGGGACUCUUACCUCUGUCGGGAAUAUCGGUUAAGACAUUAGGAGACGUGACCUUUGAAAUCGCCGGGUCAAUGUUCGAAUCCAGGAUAAUAAAAUGUGAAAGUCAGGAAGAGUUUAACGUCUGGAUGGCUCAUUUGCCAAGACGGGUGAAGAAGGCCUCUGUGUAUCGACCACAAAGGCAAGAAUUAUUAUCAAUCCUGGUCCCCUGCGACGAGCUUUGGAAGAAGCAGAAACUAAAGACGUAUUUGCUGCAGAACCCUAUCAGAGGCUGGGAGGGAACUCCAAUCCAGCACCUGGGAAAAAUCACCUUCCUGUCCAUGGUGCAGUUCAGGGGCGCUGAGAGCCAGAUGUUUGAAGAGAGGAUCCUGAUUUUGUUUUCGGACGAGCUUGUCAUUCUUUCCACUGACGAUCAGAAAACGAGCGUUCAGUAUGAGGGCAGGCUUCCUACGCACAGCAUCAGGGCUUUGGAAAGAUCAGCUCUCUUAAAUCACCUGGAGUUUGAGAUUACAGGUAACAUGAUGGAGUCUGUGUUGGUUUCCUGUUCGAAGCCAGAUGAUUAUCAGAGCUGGCUGUUUCACCUGCAGAAGCCGGACUACAGCACCAACACCCUGCCCCUAAACGGACAACUGCCACCCAGGCCACCCAAGAAGAGGAAGAGCUGCCAUUACUGAUAUAAUGACCACCCACUCUGGCUAGUGUUGGGCGUAUGAGUUAUCUACAAUCAGCUUAUCUCAUGGAAACUGAGGUGCCCUCUGAGCUGUUACCAUGACGUGUUCAAAUGUCUCCACUGCCUUUGAAACUGACUCCGUUUAAGACCCACCUUGGCGCUGUGACCUUUUUCCCUGUUUAUUAUUUUGUUUCCCCCCCCCCCCCCCCAUCUUAUUGUCCCUCCUUAAGGGAUCGUCUCCCGGAUGGAGACGAAAGAAGAAUGUUCCACAAGUUAAGAAGUCUGACAGGCUGAGGUGAGGUGGAAUUUGCUCCUCUGUCGCGCUGGAGAUGUGUAAAUAUUGUUGUUCGUGUUUAGUUGUACAGUCUGAAUAUCACAUUUCACUUUCUUUCACCAACUUACCCUGUCGUCUGUUACCUAGAAUUCUGUUGCCCCUGUGUGGCCGUUGCUGGUGUUCGUUUCUGAGCUGAGACCAAACCUCACGUCUUGUGUUCCCACAGUGGAACACAUUUUCCCUUUGAGUUUCAGUCAUUCGUUUGUUUUCCUUUCUUAAGUUAUUUUAUUCUCCUUCUCCCCUCCCCCGGCCCCUCAAUCUCCCCGUGUAUUCUGGAUGAGAACUUAGACUCCUGAUUUCUCUAGCCCCCCCCCCACCACCCCCAAACAAUGCUGCUCUUGUGAAUAGAAACAAGAUCCCCGCCCCCACCCCACCUCCCCCCACAUGGUACUGAGAUGUGUUAUAUCAGGUAGAUUGGUGGGAGGAUGGGGGGUGGAAAUGGAGUGUACAAUUAGUAAUAUUCGUAAACCAGAUUUGUUCCGCCAAUUGCGACUUGCGAAAUUCCCAGUAAAGAUUCCCUUCUGGACGGCACCAAGCCGGUAAAGUCCGUGAGCAGAACCGUGAGCAUUGCUUUUAGUCACUUCACCACCACAACUUGGACACGUAUCAAGUUUUGCUCAUUGAAUACCUCUGUGACCUUACCGGCUUGGCAACCGGCUGUUUCCCACCAGGGUUUCUCUCGCUGGCGAUUUUUGUUGCCACCCGUCCCCAGUCGCACAUUCCGCCACCCAAUCCUCGCGAAGUCGCAGUCAGCCUGACGGAAAGUAUCCCGUGUGGGUGGCGUGUGCAAGUGGAACUCCGCCCGCUUUGGUUACUCCUUAAGAUCUGCUAACCGUCAAGUGCUCCGGGAGGCCACCCCUGCGUCAGUGGCUCUGUGUAAAUGCAAGUUGUUGUUGUUGAUGGGUUUCGGGCCUGGCUGUCCGAAAGAGAACAAGACAACCGGGUUUGGGCGAAGAUCUUAAGGUUCGAUUCUUCGAGGGUCAAGACACGACCUGCGGAGCUGUGCGAGGCGAUGGUUAAUGUUGCAAAAGUAAUAAAAAGGCUUUUAAAGUGCA